AUGGAGGUGGAAAUCAAGAACUUAAUCAAGGUAUCUAUCUCACUCUUGGCAUCUUUAAUCUACUGCCAUUUCAUAUCAUCCAAGAUCCCAAAAGGUAAGUUUAGGCUCGUAUCUCUCCUUCCUGUUUUCUUCCUCUUCACAACCCUUCCUCUCUGUUUCUCCUACCUAUUUCCAAAUGCUAUUGCCACCUUGUUUAUCUCUUGGUUAGCCAAUUUCAAGCUUGCCCUCUUUGCCUUUGAUCAAGGUCCCCUUUCAUGUGACCGAUCCAACUCCCUAGUUCAAUUCAUCUGUAAAACUCUCCUUCCCGUCAAAAUAAAGCAAAAUGAAAAGUACCCAUCUUCUGAGCCACCCCAAAACUCACCUAAAUAUAAGUUACCUCUGAAUUGGCCAACGAAAGUCUUGCUUUUCACCAUUUUAGUUGGUGUGAAUGAUUACAAGGGCAAGUUUCACCAGAAUUUGGUCCUUGUUUUAUACUGUUGCAUGGUAUACUUAUUGGUGGAUAUAAUUUUUGGUAUGUUUAAUGCUAUGGUACAUGCCAUUUUACACAUGGAGCUAGAACCACCUUCCAAUGAACCUUAUUUUUCAACGUCGUUGCAAGAUUUCUGGGGCAGAAGGUGGAACCUCAUGGUAACAAAUUUACUGCGCCAUACUGUAUACAAACCCGUGAGGUCGUCUCUGGGAUCCUUGUUAGCCAAGUGGGCCCCACUUCUGGCCAUGUUGGCUUCUUUCCUAGUGUCUGGUCUCAUGCACGAGCUCCUAUUUUACCGUGUCACACGUGCGAGCCCUUCAUGGGAGGUCACGUCGUUCUUUGUGCUACAAGGGGUGUGUUUGGUUGUGGAGUUAGCUUUGAAGAGGCGUUUUAGGAGUAGAUGGCAGUUGCAUUGGGCAGUGUCGGGGCCAUUGACGGUGGGGUUCGUGGUGGUGACAGCCAUGUGGCUAUUCUUUCCGCCAAUAGUUAGAACGGGUGCCGACGAACGUGCCAUUGAGGAGUGCAAGAUGUUUUUGAACUUUGUGAAAGAAGAGGGGCUAAAAUGGAUAGGAAGGUUAAUUUGA